CGCUCUCAACUUUACCCGCAAAAUCCAGCAAAAAAAAAUCUCGAAUAAAAAGGAAAGGGAGGAAAAACAAGGAAACUAGCAGCGGCAUCCACCACCGGAGCUCCCAUCAUCGGCCCAUCCCUCUGCGUCAACCCCCUCCACGAAAAUUCUAUUUGCAGUCCAGUCCCUGGCCGGCCCGGCCGGCCACCGGAGGGAGCCGCUCGCCGGAGGAAUCCACCCGUGUCCUUCAACUACGGAGGGGCCAUGGGGUUCUCGCUGUACCCCAUGAAGACGUCCACGCGCAUGCUCUGGAGCACCAGCUUCUUCCGCCAUAAGCUCGCCUCCUCCUCCUGCUUCAUCUGAGCCGGCCAGCCCACCCGCCCUCGAUCGCCCCGGCGGCCGCGAUUUCUAGCAGACGUUGGAGUGUGUGCGCGCGUGCGUGCGUGUGUGUUUGUGCGCGCGCGCGCGCUCGUGUGGGUUUCGUUUCGUUCUUUGGGAGGAGAAGGGCUAGGAGAAGUUUCAUAAAAGAAAGGGGGUGCUAGGAGAAGGGGAGGGCGCGAACAGGAAUCAGCAUGGAUCCGGGCCGCGUCGGCGUCGACUCCGGCGGCGCGCGGCGGGGCGGCGGCGGCGGCGGCGGCGGCGGAGCGCAGAUGCUGCUCUUCGGCGGCGGGGGCAGCGCCAACAGCAACGGCUUCUUCCGAGGUGUUCCGAUGGCGGUUCUAGGCAUGGACGACGCGGUGCGCGUGGGCAAGCGGCCGUUCUUCACGACGCACGAGGAACUCAUGGAGGAGGAGUAUUACGACGAGCAGGCGCCGGAGAAGAAGCGCCGGCUGACGGCGGAGCAGGUGCAGCUGCUGGAGCGGAGCUUCGAGGAGGAGAACAAGCUGGAGCCGGAGCGCAAGACCGAGCUCGCGCGCCGGCUGGGGAUGGCACCCCGCCAGGUGGCCGUCUGGUUCCAGAACCGCCGCGCGCGCUGGAAGACCAAGCAGCUCGAGACCGACUACGACCGUCUCAAGGCUGCCUACGACGCGCUCGCCGCCGAUCACCAGGGCCUACUCGCCGACAACGAUAGCCUCAGGGCACAGGUGGUCACCUUGACGGAGAAGCUGCAAGGCAAGGAGACAUCCCCGUCAGCUACCAACGCUGCCCAAGAGGCCGACGAUCUGGACGAGCACACUGCUGCGUCAGGCACUGAGAAGCUGCUGGCGCAGCAGCUCAGGGACGACCUCCUCAGCAGCGGUGACUGUACUGGCCAUGGUGUCCUCUCGUCUGAGGAAGAGGAUGGUGGUGUGGUCAGCGACGAGGGCUGCAGCUUCCACCUUCCGGACGCCUUGUUCGCUGCCGCCGAGGUCAUCCACCACGGCGCGGAGGAAGCACAGCUUUUCAACUGGACCUCCUGGUACUGGAACAACUGAUCGGUGGAUGGAUGGAUGGAUCCAUGCCAAAUUUGCAAAGGAGCAAGUCCCCUCCUGGUUUCGAGCCUUUUCUGCACCGCAUAAUUACUGUGUUAAUUAUGUGCCGUCAAAAUGUUUUUAUAUCAAGUGAUAAUACAGUACUGAUGUUGUUGUAGGUUAAUGGUUUUGAAGAUUUUGUAUGUUCAUACAGAAUAAUAUGCUUUGAACAUGAGAGUUGAAAGGUUGAAAUAAGUGGACGUGUUGACCUGUUGUGCAAUAGCAGGCCUCUUGUUUUGUUUGAAGAGUUUUUAUGUUGGUUUACACAUGAAUGCAUAUCCAACUUGGCCCUGCGAGGCCGUGGAUAAGGUA